AUGUCAGAAUUUACAAAGCUAGCAGAAGAAGGAAAGUACCACCAACUGUCGCAGGCCAUUCUCAAAACCGUUGAGUCAAUGCCCUCAGACGAGCUGAAGAAUGUCUACGAAACAGUCGUUGUCCCAAACCACUACAACCUGCACGCAAACUCGUUCGCAGAGAUCAGUGCGUCAAUUGCAAAGAAGCUCGGCAAAGAAGACUCUCUGCGCCUCCUUGAAAAUGCCCUCUACCUCCUUGUGUCUGUGGGCUCUGUUGAUGCAGAUGCAUCCAUCCCUCUGAUCACGCGCGCAUCUAAGCUCGCCAAAGAGGGAAAUGAGUCCAUCCUCCGAAUUCUCCUGGAGAUAGCCUGCAUGAAAGUAUCGACAAACGAGAUAUCCGAGGCACGGAUCAUUCUGUACGACUGCAAAGAGCUGCAGAUAGAAAGCAAAGAGUCUCUCAGAAAGCUGCACCUGGGCCUCGGGCUGAUGCACUACUCAACAAAGAACUACGCCCCAGCCUACAAGAAUCUCCUCGAGUAUCUGAAGCUCCAGAACAAAGACAAAGACGUGUUCCAGACGUGUCUUAUCUCUGGAAUACUUUCAGACAAUGUGUACUCGUUUGCCUCGCUCAUUGACAUUUUUAAAGACGACUCUUUCACUUCCCUCUCCUUGGCCACAGCUCUGGAAAGCGGAAACUCCGAAGAAGCCGUAAAAAUAUCGAUGGAGAUAGAUAAGUCGCUGGCAAGCACAGUGGAGAGAAAGGCAGCGGUCAUCAGGCUCCUGAACUACUUCUUCAGCAACCAGCAGAGAUCUGUUAGACUGCAAGACAUCGCAGACUCUUUGAAUAUUCCCAGAAUAGUCGUAGAAGAAACAGUGCUGAGAAUCCUGGGGAGCGGGCUUAUGAAAGGAACCAUAGACGGGAUCACAGGAGAGUUUGCGUACACCUGGAUAGGAUACAAGCACCUAACACAGCCUGAAAUCACGUCAAUACGAAAUGUAAUAUCUGAGAUAAGAUCGCGAGUAGAUGCAGUACGACAGGAGAUAGAACAGAAAAAGUAA